AUGAACCUCCAAGGAGACGUCAUUGAGCAGCAAGUCCAGACGGAAGUCGGCCCUGAAGGUGCCGAGAACGCAGCUCAGACCCCUCCGCGGCGCCGCAGGGGACCCUACAAGAAAGUCACGAAUUCUGCCAAGGUCAGAAUCAUGGAAGCUCACCGUACCGGUAAGGACUGGAGAGCUAUAGCCAAGGCCAACGGUGUUAGGACACCAACUGUACGCGGCUGGACCAAGAAAGAAAUUGUGGAUGACUUACCCAUUUUCAAGGCCAAAGGUGGUGCCAGAAAUAGGAAGAUCACCGAUGCUGCAUCGGCGAUGCACACAAGGAUUGGAUUACAAACUAUCUAG